AUGGCUAUGAAUCAUAUAAAUGCUCGUCUUAUUCCACUGCCACAACCAGUCAAUAUCAUCCAGAACUCUUUCGAAUCUAAACAAUCACACCCUCAUCUGAACAUGUUAGCAUUACAUCAAUUUCAAUCCGUAAAAUCAUAUGAAAUCUGUUCUAUUCAUCGUUUAACAUUGAUCAGUCAUGUUUCCUCUCUUAUUCGCGAAACCGAUAGAACAACAACAUUUUCAAUUCACACAACAAGAGCUAAUGAUGAUGGUACAGUUAGUACCAUUCAAAUUGAAUUAAUACAAGCAGCAGAAACUAAAUCAACUGUUCUCUUAUUUGAACUACCACAUUUACCAGCUUCAAAUACACCGUUAUUCAAGGAAAUACAAAAAUUAUUGAAUACUAUUUUUCAUCAAUCAAAAAAAUUCGUUAUUUGGUCCAAUAAAAAUAGAAAAGAUCUUGAUGCAUUUACUCUUUACGAAUUUUUACCUAAGAAAAUAUUUGAAGUUUCAAAUAUCAUUGAAUUACAAGAAUCAUUCAAACAAUGGUACAAUCAAACAUUUAAACAUGAUAAGCAUUGUUCUGUUCCAUCAUAUUAUAAAACUGAUGCUGUUUGUUGUACCUGUCCAUAUCGUCCUUAUAAGAAUAUGAAUGAUAAAUGGUCUCUAGAGAAAGCCAUUAAUUGUGUUUUUAAUGAAUUUAUUGUUCAAUCCAAUCAAAAUAAUAGAAAUUAUCUACGUGAUAUCCAUCAUUCUGUUUGUUAUUGUUUAGCUAUUACUAAAUUAUCAAUGAUAAUAGAACUUGAUUGGACGAUAGAACAAUUGUAUCAAUACAAAAAAUUCCAUCAAGGUAUAUCAAACACUUUAACAAACAGUUCGAAUUUUAUUGAUUUUCCUUUAGAAUGA